UAUCUAGCCAAGUAGGAUCAUAAAUGGGGGCACCUGCUAGGUUUCUCUCACCGGAGAGAUAUUGAACUGCUUGCUUUAUUUUACUUGUAGCAUCUUCUCAAUUCAUGCCUUCAUGGUACCCAAAAUAAACUCCAUUAUUCAUGUCUUCUCAUCACCAUCAAUGCCAGAACAACAUUAUGUUGCAUUCCCGUUUCUUCAAGGCUAUACUCAAAACUAAUCUUCAAAGGAUUAAAAUACCCAAUAAAUUUUCAAGGAGACAUGGAAGCGCUCUUUCAAAUCCAGUAUUUCUUAAGCCUCCAGAUGGCACUCUAUGGAAAGUGUAUUGGACAAAAAAGAAUAGUGAUGAAGUUUGGUUUGUAAAAGGAUGGAAGGAAUUUACCAAAAACUACUCUCUUAAUGAAGGACAUUUAGUUGUGUUUAAAUAUGAAGAAACUUCUCAGUUUGAUGUAAUCAUACUUGAGACAAAUGAUCUAGAAAUAGAUUAUUCCAAAUAUGAGACUGUGAAUAGAAAGGGCAAAUGUGACCAGAGAGAUGAGAAAACAGUUGGAAUCUUAAAGGAAAUCCCUGUAAAAAAUAAUGACGCUGGAAAAAGAUUGGCAUUGUUUUCUCCUCAGGCUCAUAUGAAAGUCAGAGGUGAGAGCUGUACUCGAAGAAGAACAUCAUCUUUGAAUUGGCCAAAGGAACUUAAAGCUCAGGAAAUAGCUCAGAAAUUCAUCUCCUAUAACCCUUUCUUCACACUGUUCAUAAAGCCAAAUUACCUCACAGAAUACCAAGUGAAUGUACCGACUUUGAAAGGUUACAUUGAGGACAAGGUUAAGGACGUGGCGCUUAAGGUUGGGGAAAGACAAUGGCAAGUAAAGUUGCUCCCUAAUCGCAGCUCGGCUCGCCGCCUCUCAGGUGGUUGGUCCUUGUUUGUCCAAGAGAAUGGAUUGCAAGCUGAAGAUGUUUGUGUCUUUGAACUGAUUAACAUGGAAGAUUCAGUUUUUAAGGUUCAUGUUUUCAAAAGGUAGAGAAAGUUUAUCCACUUGGAUUCUGUUGCUUUCUUUUUUAUGAAAAGCUGAAGAGAUGUCACUUUGGAUUGCAUCUGAUUC